AACUCUAUUGCAAAAUGUUCUCUCUCUCUCUCUUUCAACCUUAAAACGUCUUAUUUAAAUUAGUGAAUAUCGAUGAAUAAAUGAUUUAACCUAUGGAUCAAUGUCACAUAAACAUGUGUAGAAAAUCUGUGUUCCAGCAGUGUUGGGUACAACUACUGACAUGGCCGUCACGUUCUCUUUUAAUGCCAAGUCAACCACAUCCCACAUCAGUUUCCACCUCAUCCUGCUAUAUCACAUUCUCCGGAUUUGGGUUCCAGUUUUUGCCACUUGGUUGGGAGUUUUUGACGACUUCUUGAUUUUUUUCUUCUUUUAUUCUCAUUAACAAUCAUCCUCUUCAUCGCUUCCAAGACUUGCAAAAAAAAUAAUCAUGAAUAUUUCUGCAGCAAGUUAUUUGGGAAUACCUCUUCUUUGCACUGAUUCACUUCAACUAUUCUGUAACGAAAUUUGAUAAUUAGUCCUCAACAACAAGAUUGCAGGCAUGGAUUUGAAGAAAGAGAAGCAAGUUAGGUUUCACAAAGAAGAAAAACUAAAAUUUGAAGCUUUCUUGGAUAAAAAUGAGCCUCAAAUCCAUGACAAACAACUGCCUCUGUACAAGAAUUCGGACCCUUCAUGGAAAUCCGUAGGGGGAUACAGAGACAAGAUUGCUAAGUUUGGUAGGUCUAAGGUUUUCCCAGAAGGUCAGGAGCCGGAGAAAAAGACUGUACUUGAUCCUGGAAGUGAGGUUGUCUUGAAAUGGAACAGAAUUUUCUUGGUUUUUUGCUUGAUGGCACUGUUUGUGGAUCCCUUGUUUUUCUAUCUGCCUUCUGUGCUGAAUCAAGAAAAUUCUUCGUGUAUGCAAACUGACUUAAAGUUAGGGAUCAUUGUUACCUUCUUUCGGACAGUGGCCGAUGUAUUUUAUCUGUUGCACGUAAUUGUGAAGUUUAGGACUGCUUAUGUGGCUCCUAGCUCAAGGGUGUUUGGCAAAGGUGAACUUGUUAUGGAUUUAAACAAGAUAGCACGGAGGUAUUUGAAGUCGGAAUUCUUCAUAGAUGUGAUCGCAGCGUUGCCUCUUCCUCAGAUUGUUAUAUGGUCAAUAUUACCCGCAAUCAGAAGCUCCCAUGCCGAUCAUACCAACAAUGCCCUGGUACUCAUUGUCCUGCUACAAUAUAUUCCCAGAUUAUAUCUCAUUUUCCCAUUGAGUUCUCAAAUUAUCAAAGCUACUGGAGUCGUCACAAAGACAGCCUGGGCCGGCGCUGCUUACAAUCUGCUACUCUACAUGUUAGCAAGCCAUGUGUUGGGGGCUUCCUGGUACUUACUGUCGAUCGAGAGACAUGCAACAUGUUUGAGUUCUGCUUGCAGGGAUGAGUUUAAUAGAACCGGAUGCUCCCUCAAUUUUCUGGAUUGUGGUACAUUGACUCAUAGUGACAGAGGCAAAUGGGUAAACAGCACACUUGUCUUCACAACCUGCAAUCCCGACGACACAACCUAUUUUAAUUAUGGGAUAUUUGGAAAUGCUGUUGCAAACAAUGUUGUAUCUUCUGAUUUUCUGGAGAAGUACUUAUACUGUUUAUGGUGGGGUUUACAGAACUUAAGUUCUUAUGGCCAGUCGUUGUCGACAAGCCUGUUUAUUGGUGAGACUCUGUUCGCCAUACUCAUUGCCAUCUUGGGGCUUGUUCUGUUUGCUCAUUUGAUCGGAAACAUGCAGACCUAUCUGCAAUCCAUCACUGUGAGGCUAGAGGAGUGGAGACUUAAGCGUCGGGACACUGAAGAGUGGAUGAGGCACCGCCAACUCCCAGACGAUCUUCAACAGCGUGUCAGACGUUAUACACAGUACAAAUGGCUUACCACAAGAGGAGUUGACGAAGAAACCAUCCUCCGUGCCUUGCCCACAGAUCUCCGUCGUGACAUUCAACGUCACCUUUGUUUAGACCUCGUUCGUCGUGUCCCAUUUUUCUCACAGAUGGAUGAUCAGCUUCUCGAUGCUAUAUGCGAGCGCCUGGUGUCAUCCUUAAGCACCCAAGGCACUUACAUUGUUCGUGAGGGUGAUCCCGUUACUGAGAUGCUCUUUAUCAUUAGGGGGACACUAGAGAGCUCGACCACAAACGGUGGGCGAUCGGGAUUCUUCAACACAACGACACUGGGGCCGAGUGAUUUUUGUGGGGAGGAACUGCUUGCCUGGGCUUUGCUUCCAAGGUCUACCCUAAACUUGCCGACUUCUACAAGAACAGUGAGAGCACUGAGUGAAGUGGAAGCAUUUGCAUUAAGAGCAGAAGAUCUAAAGUUCGUGGCAAAUCAGUUUAGACGGCUCCACAGCAGGAAAUUGCAGCACACGUUUCGGUAUUACUCCCACCACUGGAGGACAUGGGCUGCCUGUUUCAUUCAGGCAGCCUGGCGACGGUACCAGAAGAGAAUGACGGCAAAAAGCCUUAGCAUUAUGGAGUCGUUUUAUUUAUCUCAAGACUUGCAAAUACCGGAUGAAAACAAUGAAGGGGAACCAUCUGUUAUGGAAAAUUCUUCUCAGGCAAUACAAAACCUUGGAGUUACUAUACUGGCUUCAAGAUUCGCUGCCAACACAAGGAGAGGAGCUCAAAAGAUCAAAGAUGUUGAAAUGCCAAAGCUUCAGAAGCCUGAAGAGCCAGACUUCUCAGCCGAGCCUGACGACGAAUAGUUCAUCUGUACCUUGCCAACUAUACGUGUGUCUGUUUCUCUCACACAGUCAUAGGUGAACGGCCAUUGGAUCGUAAACCGUUCAAGCAUUCUUGACAAACACUAUUCAUUGAUUAAACUUGAAUAUACUCCAAAAGGCUUCACUAUUCUAGAAGUUCUGUACAGGUAGCCUGCUUCAAGAUCCUCUAUUCAAAUUUGUGUUUCACUCA